AUGGCUGACAGAUACUCAUUUUCGUUAACAACGUUUUCUCCUAGUGGGAAAUUAGUGCAAAUUGAAUAUGCUUUAAAUGCAGUUAAGCAAGGUGUGACAACGAUAGGUAUCAAAUGUGAUAAUGGCAUUAUAUUAGCCACAGAGCGUAAGUCGACCUCGGUGCUUCAAAAGAACGAUGUCAACAACAAAGUCGAAUAUAUAACACCCAACAUCGGAAUGACGUAUAGUGGAAUGGGUCCUGAUUUCAGGGUGCUUGUUGAUAAGGCAAGAAAAUUAGCACAAACAAACUAUAAGCUCAUCUACAAUGAAUAUCCACCAGUGCGUAUCAUGGUUCAAGAGAUUGCCAAGGUGAUGCAAGAAAGUACACAAUCGGGAGGUAUCAGACCGUUUGGUGUAUCUUUGCUCGUGGGUGGAUACGAUGAGUACCUGGACAAAUUUCAAUUAUACCAAGUGGAUCCUAGUGGGUCUUAUUUUCCAUGGAAGGCCACGGCAAUUGGAAAGACUUCGAAUAGUGCAAAGACUUUUCUAGAAAAGAGAUGGAAUGAAAACUUGCAAUUGGAGGAUGCCAUCCAUGUAGCAUUAUUGGCUUUGAAGGAGAGUGUGGAUGGAGAGUUGAUUGGUGAAAACUUGGACAUUGCUGUGAUUAGCGAUCCUCAACAGCAAUUGUUGGGUUUUACAGGUACCAAUUUAGAAGGACCAAGGUUUAAGAAGUUGAGUGCCGAAGAGAUUAACGAUAUUUUAGAUUCUUUGUAG